AGAAUUAAAAAAUAAACAAAAGGAGAGAGAAGAAGAAGAGAGAGAAAGAGCUUCGUCCGGUCCUGACGAACCAUCUUGCCAAAAUCAGAAUUCUUACUCUCUUGUCUUCCUUUCUCAAACCCUAAAACGGACAAAUUUCAAUUCCAGUUUGCUCCCGGAGGCCGGCUACCUGCCACCGUGUUCCACCACCACCGUCGCCGCCGCCGCCACACACUUCUACUCAAACCACUCGAUUGUUUCCUCGACCCCGAAAUUCAUCGUCGGCUGCGUUUGCCCCCUAAAAUUUGGAGAUUUUGUUGGGUUUCUGUUGACUUUGGAGGUGAUGGUCCUAAAGCUAAUUCACCCGCCGUCAUCGUCCUUCUGAGUUCAUUCCAGGAAUUUUUUGCAAGUUGUUUCCCCUCAUCAUGUAUCAUGCUAAGAAAUUUUCAACUGCGAGCUUAGUUCCACAUAAAUCUCAAGGUGCCGAACAAAGUGCAAGUGUUGCGGUUCUUGGUGGAUCUACAGCCAAAAGUCCAAUGCCACCUGGGGGAGGUGGAAAACAACGGCUGCGAUGGACAUCUGAUCUUCACGACCGUUUUGUGGAUGCCAUCACACAACUUGGUGGACCAGAUAGGGCAACUCCCAAAGGGGUUUUAAGAGUAAUGGGGGUACCUGGUCUUACUAUAUAUCAUGUCAAAAGCCAUUUACAGAAGUAUCGUCUUGCAAAGUAUUUGCCAGAAUCUCCAGCAGAUGGUUCUAAGGAUGAAAAAAGAAGCUCAGAGAGUCUCUCUGGAACAGAUUCGUCUUCGGGCCUGCAAAUCAAUGAGGCAUUGAGGAUGCAAAUGGAAGUUCAGAAACGUCUUCAAGAACAGCUCGAGGUUCAAAGGCAAUUACAAAUGAGAAUAGAAGCACAGGCCAAAUAUUUGCAGAAGAUCAUUGAGGAGCAGCAGAAACUAGGCGGUGAAUCGAAAGACUCCGAGGCCUUGCCCUCGGCUGAAGAUAAUAAGCAAAAAACUUGCCAGUCUGAGUCAUAUAGCGAUGUAUCUGCAGAGCCUUCUUCUCCUCGAAAGAAACAACGUGUCGAUCAUGGAACGACAGAUGAUUCUGCCCCGUCUAUUAAUUUACCUUAACUUACCUGAAUAAAUUUGUGGUCGAUAGGACCAAGAAUUGUACGAAAGCAACAUUGGUCGGGUUUACGUCGGAGUUGGAAAUCAAGUCUCACGAGAGAAAAAGGUCGACCAGUUGCAUCAAAUGUAUGUUUGAAGUUAAGACCGAAUGGUAGUGUCGUCGUCUUCAUGAAGUUGAUGAGGUCUGUAACAUUUGUAUAUAUAUGUGCACAUGUAAACCUAUUUGUAAACCCUAUUGAAAUACUCAGACGUAAGUAGUUUCACUCUACUUA